AUGUCUUCUUCUUCGUCGCCACCCUCGACAUCGGCGACAGCGGGAAGUGACAGAGACGUGGCCGACACUAUACUCAAUGGCCUAACACUGAUUGAUCAGCGAUUGAAUAGACUAAAGGGUUACACACUGGACGCCAGCGCAUGCACCCAAUCACAGAUACAGAGUAACAUCACAAGCUACGAGAAGAUCAAGUCAAUACUAAGUAAUGCACGUCUGUUGCUCAAGGAGCAGACGCAGGAUGACGAUGUCCGACAUAUCAGUCAGCAGGUCGAGAUCAGACUGAGCACGACCACAACCGAGAUCGAAGUGUUGGUCAAACGACUGGCUGAUGGUGACUAUCAGAUUGAUUCAGGUCAUGGCCACGGCUUGGGUCUCACCGUGUCCAGCGAGGAGGAGCGACCACUAUCACCCCUAUCGCUUGUCUCACGUGAGAUUGAGCGCAAGCUGGCCUCGGACCUCUCGCAGUCCCAGCCCAACCUAUCAUCAUUGGUCGCACACCAUGACGGCAACAACAACAACAAUGGCAUCAAUGGCAACAACCAUGGAAACAACACAUGUACACAUACACUCAUGGUCCCACCAUCAUCAUCAUCUUUAGCCAGCUCAGCACCAGGUCGUACAACAACAUUGGGAGUGUGCACCAGCAACACAUCAAGCAGCAUAAAUGAUAAGAUCAUCCUGCGAAGGAUGUCCAAGCUCCCGCCUAUCAAGGUGUCGGGCACAAGGAUUGGACACUAUCGGUCAAACUCAAUGUCUUCGAUACAAGCACCAGCACCCUCGCUGCCCGCCUCACGAGGCCAUGGCGAACGCCUGGCCACACUACAAUCUCUGCUCAAGGCUGAGAUACUGACCAACUCAGUUGACAACAAGGUGAUGGAUGACGUGGGCAUACUGACACGUGGCAAGACCGAGGAGCUGUACAAGCUGGUCUACGACCUGCGUAGUCUUAACCGCGUGAUCACCGACCUGGACAACCUGCGCAUCAGCAUCACCGACGUGGACCAUGUGCUGCAGGCCAGUCUAGGAUCGUCUGAGUCUGCUCGCUGCGAGGUGCCCAUCGCACACCGCAACAUACUCGAGCGACUCGUCACGCUCAUCCGCAGCGAACCAUCGAUCCUGGCCGACACACUAUUCCGCGCCGGCUACCUCGACGGUAACUGCGACCGCAACAUCAAGACUUCUUUCUGCGAUCUGUCACAGGCCAUCGUCUUCUCAAUGUUUGGCAACUGUUGCACGGCCACUGACGAGCGAUUGCUCCUCGCACUCAUCAAGCGUGUUGUCGAACUCGAGUUUGCACACUUUGAUGCUGCCAAGCGCGACACGAAUGUGGAUACUGCUUCGGUGGAGGGCGAACGAACCACACAGGACAAGCAAUCCUUUGGUCUUCAAGAACACUUCUCGCUCACAUUGCUGUCAACAUACCUGCGCCACACAUUUGGGCAACCUUACAUCAGUGCCGUGCUCAAGGAGUUGGUAGUGUCCAUCAUCCAGGAUCACAACAUGAACUUGGAGAGCGACCCACAGAAGAAGCCCAUGCUCGCAGUCAUUGGCUUCGAAGUAGCGCCCGACAUUGACGAGCUGGCGCAGCUGCAGCGCUUCAGUGGCGAGUUCCUGCAUCGCACGAUGGCCAUGUCGGCCGGCCUUCCAUUCGGCAUGCGCUGGACAUGUAAGCUGUUGCUGCAGCUCUAUCGCCAACAUAUCAAGGAGACACGCCCCGAGGCCGACCCGCGCGUCGUGGCUGGCGAGGAACGCGAGCUGAUCAUCAGGCUGGUGUACGACAACUUCUUCAUCCCGGCACUGAUCAACCCCGAUCGCAAUGGCCUGCUCACGGGCCUGGGCAUCAGCCAAAAGAUGCGUCACAAUCUCAACAAGAUUGCGCGUACCGCUCGCCAGUUCCUCAGCAGCCCACACGAGAUCCCCGCAUGGCUCAACGAGUCCAUGAGCCUGGAGCAACGUCUGAGUGAGUACUUUGCCGAGAUACCCCUUGUCGAGGAGCCAGAGACCUACUUCAACCGCCCGGUAUACGAGGCGGAGAUGGGCCAGCAACUGCUGGUGUCCUCCACGGACCUGUUCAUUGUGAUGGAGUUGAUAUAUCAGAACACUGGAGACAACAUGUCUGCUGCGGCAGUGGAGGCUGUGGCCAAGAUCAAAGAGGUACAGGGUGCUGCCAACCUACAGGAUGGCAUGCGAUUCCUUGUUCUAAACGUGCAGGCACGCAACAAGACGCAGGGAGGUCAAGGCCAGAAGCCCAAGAUUGCCCAAGAGGUACUCCUGGCCAAAGAAAACCUGACCCUUGUCCUUGUCGUACUCAACUCACUCUGUGGCUACAUGUUCUCGACCAACACUUGCGAGUUACUUCUUCUCCAAUCAGGUAGAAACAGGAGUAUGGAUGUUAAUAUAUUGGACGCACAGAUUGAGGAGACGAUACGUAGUCUUUGGGCAUUGCCAGAGAGUUACAAGGAGAAUGAUUAUGAGAUGUUGAUUGAAUUGCUGUUCGAGGACUACCGCGCCAGACAGGAGCGCAAUGAGAUUGACCGCAAGAUAAGACUGGUCUAUCUCGAUCAGCUGCAACGCAUAACCUCGCAAGUGAUCUCACAGAAGAGUGCCUGCAUAGAGUACAUCAACAAUCAAAAGUUUAGGAUGUUCCGCGAUGUAUACACGAGAUUGCAAACAGAGUUUGUCAGCGAGUUUAUGUCUAGGUUCUCAAUCGACACUGGAUACUGCUCCUGUUGUCCCAACAUCAAUGAGGAUCAGGCACGCAUCUGCGAGACCUGUUGUACCAAGUCCACAAUGGUGGCCACAUUCUUCAAACGUACCAUCGACGCCAUCGAGAAGCAUGAUCUCUGGAAGGAUGCACCUCAAGAAGAGUUGGACAUUGCCUUGUGCACACUCGAGAGGAACCUGAUGACACAGAUAUACAACUACUCAUUCCAUGUCUCAACAGAUGAUGUCCAACUCACUGAUCUGUUGCGAUCCAGAUCGUCUAUGAUUGAUUUGCAAACAUUGGAGAUUCCGGCCAAGUAUGCCAAUCAGGCACCAUGGAAGCUGGCACAACAAGAACUUACCAAGCUUAACCUGUACAAAACACCUCACGACAAGCUCAAGUGUGUAAUAGACACUUGGAACAUUAUUCUAAACUAUACCAAACCAUUGGGAGACUGUGGAGCAGAUGACUAUCUGACUAUCAUGGGCUAUGUAAUUUUAAAGGCAAAGCCAGACCAUAUACUGUCCAACGUCCAGUACAUCUCACUCUAUAUCACUCAACUGGAUCCUUCGAUUGAGAAGUGGUUCACCUACUUCAAGACCUCUGUGGAAAUGGUACGAAGUGUACUGGAUGGAGUUGGAGGCGAUGAUCCUGGCUGGGUAGAAGGUGUGAUCAAGCCCACACGAUAG